CCUCGGCCCCUCGGCCCGCAUGGCAUGUUUCCGCCAAGGACUUCACUGUCAGGGCCAACACAACAUCAUGCGGAUUUAUUGUCUGUCGCUGCCGGGAGACUACACUCACAGUUAAAUACCUCAGUACAAGUCUCUCUCUCAUCUCUCCCUCUCCGAUUCACGUCGCUCCUUUUCUAGAUGGUUUCAGAUCCAACCUCGCUCGAGCGGAUGCACCAGCUAUAUCACCUCCCCGUCAUACCUCUGCCUGACGAACUCAGCGAUCCAGAUACUCUAUAUCACCCCAAUGCUCACUUCGAGCUGCAUACCUGCUCCCCUCCACGAAGCCCCCAUCACGACCAAUGCAUGUACACCGAAGACUCCCUCCGCCUCGAGAAAACCGCCGGCCUCUAUGCGGCCUCCAUGACCCACCGUAUAUCUCUCCCCACAUAUGCACACCCCUCAUCACCAAUAGUCUUGCGCGAAAAGCUCUGUGGCGGUUUCCGCGAGGGACGCGUUACUCACGUAUGGACUGCUACCAGGGCUGGAGAGACGGUUAUCGCGAAAAUAUUCGACCCUCUCUACUUCAUAGAUCCCUACGAAGGCACAGACCCAUUCCCAUUCGUCGAUCUCUCCGUAUCCCGCGAAGUCGAAGCAUACCACAGGCUCGAGCCUCUCCAGGGCACGCGCGUCCCGCGGUUUCUCGGGCUAUUCGUCUCACCCCUACCCACACAGGGCAAUCGCACGGUAUACGUCCUCUUACUCGAACACGUUGCAGGCCAGGACGUCCGCUACCUCGUCCCUCCUCCAACAUCAGAUUCCGAUCCAGACAAAGUCGAAAACCUCUGUUCGGCCCACCGUUCUGCGAUCGUGGAUUCAGCAGUGAACGUCUUUUUCGACAUACUCAUGUGUGGUGUGAAGCAGCGCGACAUGGCACCGAGGAACGUCAUCAUACGGCCUCCGAGACAUCGUGGAGACGCGUUUUGCGCCAAGGAAGACUGUCCCGUGCGGUUUUCAGUCGACGCCAGUAAUGUGGAGAGUGUGAUGAUUGAUUUUGAGGGAUCGGAACUUUGGGACCCAGAUCACGAGUUCUACGAUCAGCAGACCAGGGAGAGAGAGAUGCAUUCGCUGAGGGAAGAUUUCUUGGAGGAUUGGUGGUAUGGAAAGUACGGCAUAUGAGUUAUCACAUUGCACCUAUCCAAUCUUUGUUUUUUAGGACUAUUUUUUCAACCUUAAAAACAUACCCGCCCUAGUAGUGACGAUUAUCCAGAGGCAGGAAGACAAUAGUCUCCAGGCCGACGGGUCUAUGCGCUGUGGGCUUUGAC